GUCACACCCCUGAUGCGGAAGCGGAUGUUAGUUCGUUCUUCGCCUAAAAGCCAUUUUCGAUUUCAAACUUGCGUUUUGUGAGCAGCCGCUUACUGAUUCGUGUUCCAAACAGAGAAAAUCAUGAAUUUGGAGCGUGUUUCCAACGAGGAGAAACUGAAUCUUUGCCGAAAAUAUUAUUUGGGUGGCUUUGCCUUCCUCCCUUUCCUGUGGCUGGUGAACGUUGUGUGGUUUUUUAAAGAGGCCUUUGUCAAACCCGCCUACACAGAGCAACCACAGAUCAAAAUCUAUGUGAAGCGGUCGGCGCUGGGGUUAAUUCUGUGGGUGGCCGUGCUCACGACGUGGAUCACCAUCUUCCAGCAUUACCGAGCAGAUUGGGGCGAAGUGGCUGAUUAUCUCUCCUUCACCAUUCCUCUCGGAACACCAUAAAGAGACUUUCCUUACUUCCCUGUUAUUUCCUCUGGAAGGCUUGAGGAUAUUUUUAAAUUUCUUAAACAGUGUGAUAAACAUGUCAUAUUAUUUUUGACUUGUUGUGAAAGUGAAAGAAUGAAACACAUCAGAACGAAAGCGACUCUGAGCAACGUGAUAAGAAAUGAGUGAGACAACCAACUUACACACGUACAUAUUCACACACACGCCUCAUUUACAUAAUCUUAUAAUCUCAUAAUCCCAACAACAUGACUGACAUUCCAGACUUUCUAAUAUCCACAAAUGAAUCCGCUCUGAUGUGUAACUCAUAACUGGCGCCUAUUAUGAAAUCCGAUCUCACGUUCGGGCAAAUUCUAAGCCCACUUCCAGCCGGGAUCUCGCUCGAGGCUGUUUUUAAUAGCUUCUAGUCAGACUGUUGAUGGCAGACGAGCUAUGUUUCCCACCAUCAGUACUUGGCAUCUUUACAAUAAAAAAAAAAGAUUGAUGAGUUCUGCAGUCAGGCAUCCGAACGAUGUUUUUUCCAAAAUGACCAGCAAGUAAUCAUUACGUGACAGAUCAUAGUGUUCGUGUUCAUGAAUAGAGUCAGGGCAGUUUAUAUUUGGUUGGUUGAUGUUGAGAGUAUGAUGUGAUAAUGCCAACGCGUUUCCUUUCGUUCCUUUCUCAGAACGCUGACCAACAACUGAUUCUGUUCUUUGUACCAUUUUUUUUUUUUUUGGCCAUACCUGUAAAAGCAUUAAUCUUAAUUAAAAUUGACUUCUUGUGUUUGAUUUUCUGACAAUAGAGCUGUGAACUUAUGAGACUGGAAUAAAUUCUCUUCUAACCUAGCAAAAAUACAGUCACAUUGGCAAUAUUAUUAUAACCUUGAUGGUCCUCUAAGCAUUACAGGUAGUUCAUAUAUACUUCCAAAUGUCAUGAGUGUACUGUUUCCAGAUCUCUUUACAUCGUAUGGGUUUUCUGGCCCAGGAAGUUGUCCUUACUUUAGAUAACCGUUCCAGUACUUGCAUAACUAUAACCAAGUAGUGGAACAUUACUAGAAAUCCGUGCUCUGUCAGGAAUCUUGGGUGGUUUCACGUAUCACGGAAGACCUAAAGAGGUACAACAUAUGGGGACUUUUUCUAGUCACGUGUACUUGUGAAACAGCCUCACUGAGUUGUUACCAAGGCUUUUAACUUAUUUAUAGACAGAGCUGCUAAGUCCAGAAAGUCAAAGUGGCCUGUUGUCACUCUCCACAGUUGUGUAGUCAACUCUGGUACCAACAAAUUCCUUCUGAACAACCUAGAACGUUCAUUACCAGAUUUGGUGUUCUCCUAGGAUCAUUUUCCCCUCGUGUAGGAUUGUUCAAUUUAUUAUUUUUUCAUUACCUACUUAAUCAUGAUGAUCAGCUCUUAAGAAUGACAUCAGCAUAAUAGACGCCCAUCUGUUGCUAUUGUUCACCACCCAAAUAAAAUGACGAUGCUGUGUUAUAAGUGAUGGUUUGUUUCCAGUGGGACGGUUGUGAUGGGUGACUAACUAGGCCAGUAAAUUCCUACGUGUUAUAAAACAACAUGUAUGAAUUCUUAAAUGUAAUGCUUCUCAAGGUGUUGAUGUUUUUUUCUUUAAAAAUAGCUCUGAUUUCCCCCCUUAUUUAAAACCCCACUUAUAUGUUAAUCACUAUCUGGUGACACUUUCCACUUAAUUGGUAACAUGACAAACAGCAUCAUUUUGUCUAAUUCAUUUCAGGACAAAAAUAAAGACAGGCUGGUGAGGGAAAUACUUUUUACAGCUGCUAUAAUCUGUAGCAUAAAACAAAUACACUACCUGGCACAUGCUAAUAUCUCAUAAUCGACCACCUUAAGCUCAAGGUUAUGCCUGUGCCAUCAAGGAAGAAAAACUCAUGUCACAUAGAUGUGAUAACCUGGUAAUUCAGGUCAUCAGCUGACUUCAUUUUAUUGGCACAUAACGUUGCUGAACCAGAUCAUAACACUGCGUCCAGAGGCAUUUAGAGUGGCCAUAAUGCAGGAGGGGUGCAUCGCUUUGGGCGCACCCCAUAUUGUGUGUAUGGAAAUGCUCUUACUUUCACUAUUAAACAUAGCUGGUUUAUUCUGUUGAUUUUUUUUACAGUGCAACUUCACUAAGCAUUUAAGUUAUCUCUGAACUAUGACACUCAUUCAUAAUUUUAUUCCGGCAACAUUUCUCCUGUGAAGGUUACAGCUCAGCCUAUCCUUCCAGGUGUUAAUAAUGUCUUAACCCAAUUCUAGGGAUUUCAGUUUCUCCCAUCGCGUGAUGCAGGUCAAUAAUUUGACCAUUCUGAAAUGGCGACUUUUUUUUAUGGUGACUAAAAAGCAUAAUAUAUUGUAUAUAUAUUCCAUAUAAUAACCUCAACAUUGUAAUUGUUAGCAAAAUUGUAUUGAGAAUAAAAUUCUUUAAAGCA